AACAAUUUGUUAACAAAAAUGAAUGUCCUUACAGCCAUUUUAUUAGUGGUAUCUUUUAUAACCUUUAAAUUUUAUCAAUCAACAAAAGUACCUAAAGGACUUAAAAAUGUACCGACAUUAAGUUUUUUAGAUUUUCUUAUUACAAUAUAUAUUAAUGCUGGACCAGAUAAGCGUUGGGAAUACGCACGUGAGACUUUAGAGAAAGAAGGAAUCGCAAAGGCUUGGUUCGAUGGGAAAUGGGAUCUCGUGGUAACCGAUUUGGAAUUAGUAAAAGAUAUACUUACGAAAACAGAUUUGUAUCCUAAAGCUUUACUCAAAGAAUCGUUUCCAAAAUCUUUAUUAACUCAAUAUUAUGGUGUAAAUUUAGUAUUUUCUAAUGGAGACGAAUGGAAACGUCAUCGUCGUAUUGCAAAUCCUUCUUUUCGAAAUUUGCCGGUACAUGUAUUUGUUGAAUCUGCCACGAAAUUGUUAAAUAUCGUAGAAAAGAUUGACAAUGAACCAAUAGAAGUUAAAAAUCUUAUGCAUAGAUUGACCUUAGAUGUUCUUGGAAAAGCUGCUUUUGGCUUUGAUUUUAACAAUCUCGAAGAUCCAAAUAACGUAUAUGUCACUGCCUAUAAAGAAGUGAUGGAAGAAUUUAGAAACCCAUUAUAUUUUGUUUUUUCAUUCCUCGAUAAUCUUCCACGUUCUGAAGCAACUAAGAAGAUAGCAAAACUUAAUAAAUUAUAUGAUGAAAUUGUUGAAAGCAAACGUAAAUCAAUGAAAAUGGAUGAGUUAGAAAAGAAAAUAAAUAAUAAUUCUGCUGACCUGUUAGAACGUAUGAUAUAUGCUUGCAAAGAUCCGGAAAAUCCAACUUUGACAAAUGAAGAAUUACGACAUGAUCUUGCAAUUUUUAUGUUAGCUGGUCAUGAUACUACCGCGAAUGCUUUAACAACUAUUUUAUAUCUUUUAGCCGUUCACAAGGACGCGCAAAAAAAAGUUCGUGAUGAAUUAUUACGUGUUCUUGGUGAUGAUUUAACACCAAGCGCAGAGCAACAAAAAGAAUUAAAAUAUAUGAACAUGGUUAUAAAUGAAAACUUGAGAUUAUAUCCUCCAGUCGCACAAUUACCUCGAAGGUUUAGUGCACAAGAUAUUAAAUUCCGCAAUCAUGUAAUUCCAGCAAAAACGCCCAUUAUAUUAUCAAUCUAUGGAAUUCAUCAUUCAUCAAGAAAUUGGAAGGAUCCUGAAAUUUUUAUUCCCGAAAGAUUUGAGGAUGAAAAACAUGACCAUUAUGCUUGGUUAGGUUUUGGUGGCGGUAAUAGAAUAUGUUUAGGAAUUAAUUUCUCACUUAUUGAACAAAGAAUAAUGUUAUGUGCUUUAUUAAGAAAAUAUGAAAUAUCUUUACCGGAAGAUAGUAUUCAUAAAGAUAAAUUACAAAUUGAACCUGAUGUUAGUGGAACUUCAGGUCCACAUCCAGUACCUUUAAUCUUCAAAAGAAGAACAGAAUAAGAUAUUCAUAAUUUUAUAAAUAAUAAUUAAAUUUAUUUUAUUUAUUUUAUAAUAUUUAUAAUUGUAGUUGAUUAUUUCUUUAUUAUUUUAUAUUCUUUAGUACUAUAUAUACUGACUGUAUAUUUGAAAUAAUUAUAAUAAUUAUUUAAAUAAAGACAAAUCUAUUAUUUUAUAAUAUUAACUC